AGAAGGCUCAGGCAGAAAACACUGAGCUGUCUGAGAUCCGUCUUCAGCGUAGGAGGAUAUUGGCAACUUCAAAAGCAGUACCACUGCAAAGACAAGGCUGACACAGGUGCAGGAGCAAAUGAAGCCUACAGAGCGUGUGCUGAAGCUCAUUCAAGAGGUGGAGACACGCUGGAACAGCACCUUCCACAUGCUGCAACGCAUGUACAACCUCAGGGAAGCCGUAGGAGCAGCCCUGGCAGGCCUACACACUGACAUUACCCCACUCACAUCCCACCAGUUGAGGCUCAUUUCUGAGAGUCUGCAGGUGCUGUCCCCAUUUAAUGAUGCCACCGUAAAGCUCUCAGAGGAGAGGAGAGUGUCUGGGUCCAAGGUCAUACCACUUUUGGCCAUGCUGCACCACACCUUGGAGGAUGACAUGGGAACCAUACAAAUGGAGGAGAGCAAAGCAAUGGCUGAGGGUCUUAAAAAACAACUGAGGGACAAGCUCUACAACCUCCAAGCCAUGAGCAUCAUGUCACUGGCAACACUGCUGGAUCCCAGGUUCAAGAAGAUAGGCUUCUUUAGCCCCAAUAAAGCACAAGAGGCUGAGAGGAGGCUCACAGCUGAAUGUGCGACAGUGAUCCGGCACAGGGCAUCUUCCUCCUCCUCCAACCCAUCAUCUUCAUCAACACAACCGGACACAUCAGAAGCUUCCCAGCCUGUGGAGCAAGGUAAUAUUCGAUACAUUGUAAUGGUUUUAAUUAAGCAAUAGGAAAUGAGCAGCAGUGCAUUAUUGUGGGAUAAGGCAUU